UGGAGUUAGCAUGCCUGCUCCCAUUUUCUCCUGACAAGCUGGCCAGAAUCGAGAAGCCAAUACCUAGUGCCGACUAAUUAGGAUAGCUUCCUCAGUGAUCUUCACCAACAGGAAAGACAUUAUUAACAGUCGCCGGAAGGGCCCCAUGCAACCUCUCGAAUCCUCUUGAGCCAUAUGGCAUUGAGGCGCCGCAAUCAUGUUCUCUAUUGCCAGCGCCCCGGCGAAACAAUCAGUUGGUGAGACCAUCGACGUUCUAAGCGGUCGCCUCAGUUCAGCGACUUUGUUAGAAGACCGAAGAGCUGCAAUCCUGGGUCUUCGUAGCUUUGCCAAAGAUUAUCCAGCUUCUGUAGCUUCGGGCGCCCUACGAAGUCUAAUUGGAAGCCUAAGCAAAGACGGUGAAGAUGUCGACACCGUCAAAGUGGUACUCGAGACGUUGUUAAUGCUCUUCAACCCUAAUGAAGAUAGUCCCGAAGCUUCGGAGGAGAUUGCUCUAUGGUUGGCUGACGAGUUCACUCAACGGCAAGAGAACAUUACUUUAUUGCUCGAUUUCCUCGAAACAAACGAUUUCUAUUCCCGUCUGUAUUCUUUGCAAUUACUAGCCGCUAUCCUUUCCGCACGUACAGAACGCACCGAGGAAUGUAUCUUUACCGCUCCCCUCGGUAUACCACGACUGGUUUCCGUCCUCGACGACCAACGCGACGCUAUACGAAACGAAGCUAUCAUUCUCCUGACCUACCUCACGCCAACAUCAAUCGAAAUACAGAAGCUGGUGGCUUUUGAGAAUGCUUUUGAGAGAUUGUUUGCCAUCAUCGAAGCCGACGGGGCUCUCGUAGAAGGGGGUCGCACCGUUGAGGACUGUCUGAUCCUUUUGGCCAACCUCCUCCGAUCAAACAGCUCAAACCAGGCACUGUUCCGGGAGUCGGACUGCAUGAACCGUUUGGCGGAUUUAUUAGGUCGAGUCCUGAAACCUCAAACUGAUGGGUCUGAGAUCGCUUCGUGGGCAGCAGCGCAACGAAACCGAAAUGUUUAUGCUUUCCUCGCUGUCAUUCGCCUGUUUGUUGUCAGGGGCUCAGCAGGUACUUCGUUGAAUCAAACAGCAAUAUGGAAGCAUGGCCUUGCCUAUCAUAUUCUGCAACUGGCCUUCAGCCAUGAAGCGCAAACACAAAUCAAGGCCGAGGCUCUAAUCACUUGUGGUGACGUGAUUCGGCAAAACGCACCUCUUCAGGAGACAUUUGCUCAGAUGAUGGUGUUGUCUCCUCUGGCAAAGACCGGCACGGCCGAUGAACAGGCCAGCCAGGGCGAAAAAGUGUUCGUUAUCGACGGCUUGUUAGAUCUGACAUUGUGUCUACAGGACCUUCAAGAGUUCGACGUCCGCUUUGCGGCGGCUGAGUGCCUGCAAGCUUAUUUUGCAAAUCAUCCAGCUGUCAGACUGCAUUUUCUUGGCCGGGCUAUUGAAGGACAUCAAUCUGGGGCCAACGAGUCUUCCAACGUUUUGACAGUUCUCCUGCAGCCUUCAGUUGAAUCCUCGGAUCCAUACAGGCAAUGGUUCGCUGCUGUGAUCACUUUCCACCUCUUGCAUGAAAACUCAGAAGCCAAGUCAGAGGCCAUGAGCUUAACCGAAGGUGAUUCGGAAGAUGGGGAAGAGGUUGUGACAGCAAUCCAAACUCUUUCAGCUCACGUUACGUCAGGCCUUCGUCGAGGCGAUGAUACGCGGGUUUUGGUCGGUUAUCUUAUGCUACUCUUAGGCUGGCUUUUCGAGGAUCUCGAUGCGGUGAACGACUUUCUCGCCGAGGGAAGCAACGUUCAAAGCCUAAUUCAAGCUGUUUCACAGCCUCCAGCUAUAGGCGGGGGCGAGAUCGUUCAAGGACUGUGCGCAAUGUUGCUUGGUGUUGCUUACGAAUUCUCAACAAAAGACUCACCCAUCCCAAGAGCAACAUUACUCUCUAUCUUGACGGCUCGCAUAGAUCGAGAUGUAUACCUAGACCGCCUAUCAAAACUUCGCAGCCACCCUUUUAUUCGUGAUUUCGAAGUCUUACCUCAAAAGCUGGACGCUUCGUCUCCAGGGCGACUCCCCGAUGUCUUCUUUGACAGGAAAUUUGUUGAGUUCUUCAAGGACAACUAUAGCCGAAUAGCACGUGCUAUUGACAGAGAGCCUGGCAUGGAAAUCUCGGUUGUCACCAACGGUGUUCAGAAAGGUGUCUCGAGGGAACUUGUAGACUCUCUCAGGAGCCAGGUCGAGGAAAAGCAGAAUGCUAUGAACGAGAUCCAGGAAAAGCUGGCAGUGCUUCAGGGGCAGCUGGGCCAGGAACAGGCGGAUCAUCGCAGAUCAAAGGAAACCGCUGCUCUAGAGAUGCAACGGGUCAAAACCGUGAAUGAAGGGUUACAAAAGCAUCAUAGCGAAGAACUGCGGAAGCUUCAGGGUCAAUUGGCGUCCAAAGAGAAUGAUCAGCGCAAGCAGGUUGCUCAAUUGCAAUCUCAAUAUUCGAUCAAGGAGAACGAGUACCAAAAGCAAAUUGCUCAGCUGCGUUCACAACAAACAGCACAAGAAAGCGAUCAUCAGAAGCAGAUCGAGCAAGUCCGGAAAGCGGCCGAGGCCGAAGCAGAAAAGAUCAGACGGAGGACGGAUGCUGAAGUGGCAGAUCUCAAAGCGAAUAUCAGUCGUCUCGAGGUUGUUCUGAUGAAGGUGCGUGCCUGUUACCCCAGCCAUUACGGUUUGUAUGAGUGCAGUCGGCUAACAUUGACUCAAACACAGUCCCAAAAGGAGUACAAUGCACUCCAGUUGCAACGCAAGAACGAGAUAGAUAUGCAAAGAGAAAAAUAUGAGAAGGUGCUGGGGCAACUUCGUCAGGAAUACGAAGAUUUCAAGACCCAGUCCAAGGCUAAAGCAGAUGAAAAACAAGCCAAGUUCAAGGAGGAACUGGAAAGCCUCUGCGAUAGAAAAGAUGCCGAGAUAGACGCUUAUCGAGAGCAGAGUCAGAUGGACCUGGAGCAGCAGAAAUUGAAGACCAAGGAAGCAGAGGAGAAGUGCCAGAGCCUCGAGAAGCAGCUCAGUGGAGGAGACGCUGGAAAGAAGGACUUGGAGGCUAAGCUCAAGAAGAUGGAAUUGGAACUAUCAGCUGCCAACAAAGCCAAGGACGCAGCCGAGAAGCAACUAUCAGAAUCGAAGGAAGCAGCAAAGGAGGAGGCUAAGAAGGCUAGAGAGACGACUGAGAAGCAGCUGCAGGAGUCAAAUGAGGCUAGGGAAACAACUCAGUCCGAACUUGAUGACCUCUUGAUGGUAUUUGGCGAUUUGGAGGAAAAGGUGGCCAAAUACAAGGCUCGUCUCGUUGAGCUCGGAGAAACCGUAUCAGACGGCGAAGAAGAUGAUGAUGAGGAAGACGAUGACGAUGACGACAACGACGAUGAAGGCGAAGAAGACGACGAAGAGUCUGAGAAUAACGAUGACGAAAAGGAUGAGACGAAACAGAAGCCGAAAGCCAAAAAAUAAAAAAGGUAUCUGCAAAGUCGUCAAACAGACAGAGAGACAGAGAUAUAUGCGAUAUACCCCCUUACAGACAUAUCAUAUAUAUUAACAGCAAACACCUCGCGGAUUGCAUCUGGAUGGUUACCUUGCCUUAACUUUCUACCUAUCAUGACCCAGAAAAAAUUCCCCAACAGGGCAUAGC